CAUCGCUCGGUCGUCAAGCGCGCUCGGGUCGGAUUAAUCUGGAGGAGGCGGCAGGUGCUGAAGAUGUCGUGGUGUGAAGGUUUUGGGGGCAAAAUGACUCCGGUCAGGUUGCUACUCUCCUUAUUGCUGCUACACACGCUUUGUGAAGCCUCUAAUCAGCCUCCCCGUUUCCAGAAUUAUUACUUCGAGUCGUACCUGCUCAUCUAUGAGAAUACAGCAGUAGGUUCAUCCAUUACUCAGCUGCAGGCGGUGGAUCCAGACGGCGAGCCGCUGGUUUUCGGUGUGUUGGGGGAAGAGGCCAUGCGGUACUUCGCUGUGCAGGAGACGACGGGGGUCGUGUGGCUCAGACAGCCUCUUGACAGAGAGACCAAGUCAGAGAUGCAGGUGGAGUUCUUUGUGAGUGACAGUCAGGGGGUGGUCAAGGAUACAGUGAACAUACAGAUUGGAGAUGUGAACGAUAACUCCCCAAUAUUUCACAACCAACCCUAUGCUGUUUUUAUACCAGAGGACAUCCCGGUAGGCACAUCAGUGUUUAUGGUGAACGCCACAGACCCGGAUCAGGGGACGGGUGGCAGCGUGCUCUUCUCCUUCCAGCCACCAUCUCCGUUCUUCUCCAUCGACGGGGCCAGAGGGACCGUCACCGUGACCAGAGCUCUGGACUAUGAGAUCACAACCGCCUAUCAGCUCACGGUCAAUGCCACGGACCAGGACAAACUUCGUCCGCUCUCUAGUCUGUCCAAUUUGGCAAUUACAAUCACUGAUGUGCAGGACAUGGACCCCAUCUUUACCAACCUCCCAUACAGCAUUUACAUAGUGGAGGACGCACCACCCGGUUAUGAAGUGCGUAAGAUCAGGGCGAUCGAUCAGGACUUGGGUCGACCUCGUGGAAUUGGAUACACUAUCGUAUCAGGUAACACCAACAGCAUGUUUGCUUUGGACUACAUCAGCGGAUCUCUGACGGUGAGCGGACAGCUGGACCGGGAAAACCCGCUUUACUCGUCUGGAUUCACCCUCACUGUGAAGGCUACUGAACUGAAUGAUGACCGCACGCCCUCAUCUGCUACAGUCAUGACCACCUUCACCAUCCUGUUGAUCGAUAAGAACGAUAAUCCUCCCAGAUUUAACAGCUCUGAAUACCGCGUCCUCAUCACUGAGCUGGCGCAUGUCGGCUUUGCUCUUCCUCUCUUCAUACAGGUUGAAGACAAAGAUGAGGGAGUGAACAGUAUGUUUCAGGUGGUCCUGACAGGGAAUAAUUCGGAUCACUUCACAAUCUCUCCCACCUCGGUUCAGGGAAGAGCAGACAUCCGUGUGCGUGUGGCCAUCCCGCUGGACUUCGAAACCAUCAGGAGCUACAGUUUUUCUCUGUAUGCCAAUGAGUCUCUUUUUGAACAUGUGGGUUUCGCCCGAGUCUUCAUCGACCUCAUCAACGAGAACGACAACAGGCCCAUAUUCAGCCAGACGCUUUACAACAUCAGUUUACCUGAGAGCACAGCACCAGGAACAUCUCUGCUUCGAAUACAGGCCACAGAUAAUGACUUUGGCACAUUUGGAGUGGUCCGGUAUUACUUCAGCGAUGAGCCAGACCAGUUUUCAUUGGAUGUCGAGACGGGUUGGGUGACUCUAAGAAGUCAUUUGGAUUACGAGCUCAUGCGGCGCUUUACUCUAACGGUAUUGGCCCGUGAUGGAGGAGGGGAGGAGACUACGGGUCGGCUUCGCAUUAACGUGCAGGACGUCAAUGACAAUGCGCCGGUCUUCCAGAAAGAGGCGUACGUGGGUUCACUGAUGGAGAACGAACAGGCUGCGCAGCAGGUCAUCCGAGCACGGGCGACGGAUGAGGACUCUCCUCCCAAUAACAUCUUGACGUACUCCAUCAUCUACGCCUCUCAGUUCAUGUCGUAUUUCAGCAUCAGCGUGAUCGAGGGCUAUGCAGUCAUCACCGUGAACCGUCCUCUGGAUUAUGAGCUGGUGCCCGGUGGAAUGAUCUAUCUGACUCUGAUGGCCAAGGACCGAGGGAACCCACCCCUAAACAGCACUGUGCCCAUCACCAUUGAGCUCUUUGACGAGAACGACAACCCUCCCGAGUUCAGUCUUCCGUCUUACAUCAUCAACAUACUUGAGAAUAUCAUCGCAGGAGCGACGGUGUUGUUUGUUAACGCAACAGAUCUGGACGCAUCCCGAGAGUUUGGUCAGGCUUCCCUCCUCUAUUCCCUGCAGGGAAGCUCACAGUUCAGAAUAAGCACUCGCUCAGGAGAGAUCACCACAACAGCUCUGCUGGAUCGCGAGAUGAAAUCUGAAUAUAUUCUUAUUGUGCGAGUCGUGGACGGAGGGGUGGGGCCAAUGCAGAAGACUGGCAUUGCUACGGUGAACAUCACUAUACUGGACAUAAACGAUAACGCCCCCAUGUGGCGAGAUGAGCCAUAUCAAGCGAACGUCGUGGAGAUGAGUCCCAUUUAUACAGAUGUCCUUUCUGUUUUGGCAGUGGACCCUGAUAAUGGUGAUAAUGGGACAGUGGUGUACUCUAUAAAUCCACAGAACCCGUUCUACACCAUCAAUCCAAGCACCGGUAAGAUCCGGACCAGCGGGGCGGUCCUGGACAGAGAGAGUCGAGACGCAAGAGCCGCACAACUUAUGAGAACCAUCAUUGUCUCUGCUACGGACCGUGGGACUCCUCCACUGCGCUCUUCAGCGAGCACUACAGUGUACGUCAACCUUCUGGAUCUCAAUGACAAUGACCCCACCUUUCUCAACCUCCCAUUUGACGCCCAAAUCCUGGAGGGACUUCCUAUCGGAUCGUCUGUGUUCAGAGUGCAGGUGCAGGACCUUGAUGAGGGUGAGAAUGGAGCGGUUACCAUGGCGCUUCAGAUGGGGAUGCCACGGCUGGACUUCAGGCUCAACAUCACCACUGGAAUCCUUUACUCUAUGGCAGUGCUGGACCGCGAGCAGAUCGCCCUGUAUUAUCUGAGGAUCAUCGCGUAUGACGCGGGACAGUUUCCACGAACGUCCACAAGUACUCUCACUAUCACAGUUUUGGACGUGAAUGACGAGACGCCAACGUUUUUCCCCAACGUUUACAACAUAUCUUUGGAGGAGAGCGUGCCGCGCAAUUACGUGGUGGUCAGACUGAACUGUACGGAUAAUGACUCGGGUCUAAACGCAGAGCUCAGUUAUUUCAUCACAGAAGGUAAUCAAGAUGGUAAAUUCAGCGUGGGUUUUCGGACUGGCGUAGUCCGUACCGUGGUGGGUUUGGAUCGGGAGACGCAGGCCUCGUACAGGCUCGUGAUUGAAGCAAUUGAUAAUGGUCCAGCUGAUAGCAGAAGAACAGGCACAGCUACGGUGUAUGUGGAAGUGCUGGACGUCAAUGACAACAGGCCCAUUUUCCUUCAGAACAGCUAUGAAACCACCGUCCUCGAGAACAUCCCAAAGGAAACUAGUAUAUUACAGGUUCAGGCCACAGACGCUGACGCAGGGGAGAAUGGAAUAGUUCUCUACAGAAUUCUAUCGGGAAACAGUGGUCAGUUUAACAUGGACCGUCUGUCUGGACUCAUCAGCAGAGGUGAUAAAGCUCUGGACCGAGAGACUCAAAGCUCACAUGUGCUGGAGGUGGAGGGCUUCAACAGUGACCAGGGCAGCAUGCGCAGCUCUGUCAGGGUGAUUGUGUAUUUGGAGGACGUGAACGAUGUGCCUCCGGUCUUCACACAGUCGCAGUAUAAUCGUCUGGGGCUCAGAGAGACCGCUGGGAUCGGAACCUCUGUUGUGGUGGUCCGAGCUACAGACCCCGACACAGGGGAUGGUGGCGCUGUGGCGUAUGCUCUGGUCUCAGGUUCCGACCGUAAGUUUGAGGUUGACAUGAGUACGGGUCUGUUAACUACCGUAGAUUACCUGGACUACGAGACCAAGACCAGCUACCUAAUAAACGUGUCAGCCACAGAUCAGUCACCCCCAUUUCACCGCAGUUACUGCACCGUCUACAUCACGUUACUCAACGAGCCGGACGAGCCUGUGGCGUUCCUGUCGGCCAGUUACGAGGUGUCACUGAUGGAGAAUAUCGCCACAGGAACAGAGGUGGUCCAGGUGAAGGCGGAGUCUGCCGAUAACCUGAACCAGCUGACGUAUCGCUUUGACCCGGACACUUCACCCACUGCUCUUGCCCUCUUUAAGAUUGACAGCGUCACGGGCCGUAUUUUGGUGACGGGACUGUUGGACAGAGAGAAGGGUGAUUCAUACACCCUUACUAUUGUGGCUGAUGACGGUGGACCCAAGAGAGACUCUGUGGUAAAGGUGUCAAUCACCAUUCUCGACGAGAAUGACAACAGCCCCGAGUUUGACAUCACUUCUGAUUUGUCCGUGAACAUUCCAGAGGACACGCCCAUCGGUCAGAGAGUGGCGGUGGUGCUGGCCCGCGACAGAGAUGCUGGAAUGAAUGGUCUGGUUAAUUUCACCCUGAUUGCAGGUAACAUGCAAGAUGUGUUCAAAAUCAACACGGCCAACAACACGUAUGGAAAGGUUUACGUGAACGCCCCUCUGGACCGUGAAGCUGUGGACCGUUACUUGCUUAAAGUGCGGGCGAUGGAUAACGGUUCUCCCGCGAGGUUCACUGAUCUUUCGCUUACGGUAAACAUUAUGGACGUGAAUGACAACCCUCCCGUCGUGCAGAGCCCUCGCGGGUACAACGUCAGCAUCAGUGAGAAUGUGGGGGGCGGUACAUCAGUGCUGCGUGUCAUAGCCACGGACCGUGACAUCGGUCCCAAUGCCAUGCUGUCGUACUACAUCACCGGCGGGAACCAGGACCUGACCUUCAGAAUGGACCGUAUGACAGGAGAGAUAGUGACUCGCCCCUCACCUCCUGACAGAGAGAAACAACAGCAGUACACGCUGGUCGUGACGGUGGAGGAUGACGGAACUCCUUCUUUGUCUACGUCCACCACCGUGUGGGUGCGUAUCAUUGAUGAAAACGACAACGCGCCAGAGUUUCCGGAGGAAGAGUACGUUACUGAACUCACAGAGGGGCCAAACACUGUGGGGGCCACCAUCGCCACGGUUACAGCCAUCGACCCUGACGAGGGACUCAAUGGAACCAUCCGUUAUGCCAUCUCCAAGGGCAACCUGGCACAGACGUUUCAGAUCAGUGACGUAACGGGUAAGAUCGUGGUCAUAAAGGAGCUGGAUUACGAAAUCAGUAAUGGUCAUUAUGUGCUGACAGUCACGGCCACAGAUCAGUGUCCUAUACCUCAAUUCAGACUCACCUCCAGCACAACAGUUCUGGUCAAUGUUGUGGAUGUGAACGAUAACGCCCCCAUUUUCCCGCGUAAAUUCGAGGGGCCGUUUGAGAUCCCAGAGGGUCAGCCGGGUCCCCGUGUCUGGACCGUUAGAGCCACGGAUGCUGACUCGGGAUCUAAUGGGAAAGUGGAGUACAGCAUCACGGAAGGGGACCUGAAAAAUGAGUUUGUUAUCUCAUCGGUUGAGGGAGAGUUGAGAGUGAGGAGGGACGUUGAACUUGACAGAGAAACCAUCUCCUACUACAACAUCACUAUUACAGCUAAAGAUCUCGGAACGCCGGCACAGAGCGCCACAGUGGUGGUGGGCGUGCAGGUGCUGGACAUUAACGACAAUGACCCGGUCCUGCUCAACUUACCGUUUAACACCAGCGUGAGCGAGGGAGCGCCGGUCCACACCUCAAUAGCUCAGGUGUGGGCGUCUGACUCUGACAGCGGCCGCAACGCACUGCUCACGUACAACAUCGCUGCUGGCAACACUGACGGAGCAUUCUACAUUAAUGAGACGUCAGGUGUGGUUCAGGUGAACAGGCCACUGGACAGAGAGAGAGUGGCUGAAUAUCGGCUCACCAUCACCGUUAAGGACAACCCAGACAACCCUCGCAUCGCCCGCAGAGACUCAGAGUUGCUGGUGGUGACCAUCCUGGAUGUGAACGACAACAGACCCAUAUUCAGUCAGCCUAGCUACAGGGGGGAAAUCAGCGAGAACUCACCCGCAGGCACAACUGUGGUGAUCCUAAACGGCCCUGUUCUGGCAGAGGACCGGGACAUCGGGGAGAAUGCAGUGGUGAGAUAUCGUCUCCUGGGGCCCAGAGUUGAUCUCUUCUCUGCAGAUCCUCUCACAGGGGUGGUGUCAGUGCGUGGGGGUGCUGUACUGGACAGGGAGGCUUUCUCUGAACCGCGGGUGGAGCUUUUUCUGCUCGGGGAGGAUGUGGGGGCGUUAAACAGCAGCGUUCCAUUUACCAUCACCAUCCUCGACAAGAACGACAACCCACCCGUCUUCAGUCCAUCCAGUUUUACUGUUCAUCUUCCUGAGAACAGCCCCACCGGUGUGGUGGUGACGCAGCUGUCAGCGAGCGACGCUGAUGCCGGCUCCAACGCUUGGCUGCAGUAUCGUUUGGACAGUGGUGCUCAGGACCGCUUUAUCGUCGACGCUCUUUCUGGUGCCGUUCUGGUUGGCAACGCUACGCUGGACAGAGAAGAGCGCAGCUCGUACCGCUUGGUCGUUAUAGCGACCGACCGGGGCACGCCCCCUCUCUCGGGCACGGCGACGCUGUCAGUCAUUCUGGACGAUGUGAAUGACUCUCGUCCUCAGUUCAUUCGUCCCGUGCAGACCAUCAGCGUGAACGAGUCGACUCCACCAGGAGAGGUCGUCGCCGCACUGACCGCUGAAGACCCUGACCUACGACCCCGCCUGGAGUAUUACAUCAUCUCCGUGGAAGCAAAGGAUGAUGGGAAUAAACCGGUGGCUGGGCUUCAGGAGUCGUUUGGAAUUGACUUUCACACAGGUGCUGUGUUUGUAAGAAACCCCUUGAACAGAGAGCUGGUAGCCACUUUUGAGAUCAUAGUUUCAGUUCAUGACAAUGCCAGUGAAGUGAUUGACAUGUCCGUUAGUGUCCCAAACGCCAAACUGACCAUCAUUGUGCUGGAUGUCAAUGACAACUCUCCUCGGUUUCGUCCCUUUGGGGUGACAAACUUCUCUGAGAGCAUUCUAGAAGGUGCCAAUCCGGGUACAACGUUGCUGUCAGUGACGGCUGUUGAUCCGGACAAAGGACCGAACGGUCAGAUCAUCUACCAGCUGCUACACCUGCCUCGUGGAGACUACAUACGACUUGAAGAUCCAUCUACAGGCAAAGUUGUGGCUAAUCGGACUGUGGACUACGAACAGGUGCAGUGGUUAAACUUCACGGUUCGUGCUCAGGAUCACGGCACUCCUCCGCGCUUCGCUGAACUUCCUGUCUAUCUUCGCAUUGUAGAUGUCAAUGACAACAACCCGGUCUUUCAACAGCCUUUGUAUCAGAAAUCAUUGUUUGAAAAUGUUGCUCUCGGCACCAUUAUUGUGAGCGUGAGUGCGACCGAUGCAGAUUCUGGACAGUUCUCUGUGAUUGAAUAUGGAUUGGUGGACGGAGAGGGCAAGUUUGGCAUCACACCCACUACGGGUGACAUCUACAUCCUGUCUCGAUUGGACAGAGAGACCAAAGACCGCUACACACUUACGGCGUAUGCCAGGGACAACCCUGGCGGCAGUCCCAACAACCGACGAGAGAAUUCUGUCCAGGUGCAGUUGACAGUGCUGGAUGUAAAUGACUUUCGUCCGCGUUUCUCAGAGAGGGUUUUCACUACGAGUGUUUUUGAGAAUGAGCCUGUUGGCACAUCAGUGAUCACGCUAACCGCCACAGAUCUAGAUGAGGGCGAGAAUGCGUUACUUACCUACAGCCUGCAGGGUCCUGGAGCAGAUGCGUUUACUCUGGACCCUGACACCGGGCUGAUUCGUUCGCUGCGAUUGCUGCAGAGUUUCGAAAGGUUUAAUCUGACCGUGGUGGCGACGGAUCACGGCAAACCCCCUCUUUGGGGCACAACCAGUCUCCAGAUUACAGUCAUAGAUGUGAAUGAUAACAGGCCCAUUUUUGUACGUCCGGCCAAUGGCACGAUCAUGCACAUACUAGAGGAACAGCCUCCUGGACUGGUGGUGUAUGAAGUGUUUGCUACAGAUGAGGAUGAGGGAGUGAACGGAGAGGUUCGGUAUAGCUUUCUUCAGACCGGAGCUGGAAACAGAGACUGGGAGAACUUCCAUAUAGAUGCUGUGACAGGAGUGAUCACCACUGCGGUUAAACUGGACCGAGAGAAACAAGCCCUAUACAGCCUGGUCGUGGUGGCCUAUGAUCUCGGACAGCCAGUCCCAUAUGAGACCAUGCAGCCUUUGCAGGUGGCUCUGUCUGACAUCGACGACAAUGAACCCGUCUUCCUUAAACCUCCGAGAGGAAGUUUACCAUAUCAGUCCCUGUCGGCCCCUGAACACUCGCCUCCCGGGACGGUUGUGGGUAAUGUGACCGGUGCGGUUGAUGCCGACGAGGGAUCUAAUGCCAUCGUCUACUAUUUCAUUGCAGGGGGAGACAGUGAAGGAAACUUUGGCUUGAGCGUGGCCGGCGUUUUACGGUUCAAGAAAGAUCUGGAUCGGGAGGAAAUCCCACAGUAUUCUAUCAUUGUUAAAGCCUCUAGCAACCGCAACUGGUCUCCUCCAAGAGGUCAGAGGUCACAGCGGGCACAAAUUCUGGACCCAAGCCGUGACCCCACAUUGCAAGAAGUAAGAAUCUUCCUUGAAGACAUCAAUGACCAGUCUCCUAGAUUUACCAAGCUGGAGUACACAGCAGGUGUGGCUGCAGAUGCGAAGGUGGGCUCUGAUCUGAUCCGGGUUCAGGCGGUGGACAAUGACAUUGGCAACAACAGUCUUGUUCUGUAUCACAUUUUGUCCAUCCGCUACAUCAAAAUUCAGUCCAAUGACUCUGAGGACAUGGGCAACGUCUUUAUCAUCGGAGAAACUGACGGAAUUAUCCACACGUUCGAUCUGUUUAUGGCGUAUGAUUUGGGGUAUUUUAUUGUGGAGGUGUUGGCUAGAGAUCUGGCUGGGCACAGCGAUGUGGCUCUGGUGGGCAUUUACAUCCUUCGAGACGACCAGCGGGUGAAAAUCGUCAUUAAUGAGAUACCGGAGCGGGUCCGGCUGUUCCAGGAGGAGUUUAUAAACCUGCUGUCAAACAUCACAGGAGCCAUAGUCAACACUGAUGAUGUGCAGUUUCAUGUUGAUAAAAAAGGAAGAGUGAACUUCGCUCAAACCGAUGUUUUGAUUCAUGUGGUCAACAAGCAGACCAACCGUAUUUUGGAUGUGGAGAGAGUGAUUCAGAUGAUCGAUGAGAAUAAGGAGCAGUUGAGGAAUCUGUUCAGAAACUACAACAUCCUUGACGUUCAGCCUGCCGUGACCGCACGUGCUCCCGAUGACCUCACCACAUUACAGAUGGCUAUAAUCAUCUUGGCGGUUUUGCUCUUCCUUGCGGCCAUGUUGUUUAUCCUGAUGAACUGGUAUUACCGCACAGUGCACAAGAGGAAGUUAAAGGCGAUUGUUGCCGGCUCCACAGGAAAUCAGGGGUUGAUGGAUAUUCUGGACAUGCCCAACACUAACAAGUACACAUUUGAAGGAGCGAAUCCGGUGUGGCUGGAUCCAUUCUGUAGGAAUCUGGAGUUAGCUGCACAGGCGGAACACGAGGACGAUCUGCCCGAAGAUCUGAGCGACAUCACAGACCUGUGGAACAGUCCAGCUCGCACACAUGGUACAUUUGGUCGUGAGCCUCAGGCUUCCAAACCAGAAGACGACCGAUAUCUACGAGCUGCUAUUCAAGAGUACGACAACAUCGCCAAACUGGGACAGAUCAUGAGAGAGGGACCCAUCAAGGGCUCGCUGCUCAAUGUGGUUCUGGAUGACUACCUGAGGCUCAAAAAGCUGUUUGCCGCUCGUCUGGUCACCAAGUCAACCAGCCAGGGUGACCAAUCAUCAGUCACAGAGCUGAUCCAGAGCGACAUGGACGAUGAAGAUGACGAGCGCAUCGGUCGAGGGACCCUUCGCUUCAAGCACAAACUGCCGAUCGAGCUAAGGGGUCCCGACGGCGUGCACGCGGUCCACGGGAGCACAGGCACGCUCUUGACCUCUGACCUCAACAGCCUGCCUGAAGAUGACCAGCGGGCACUGGCGCGCUCUCUCGAAGCGUUGCAUGCAGAUGGCGGACUGUAUGCGGAUAGGAACGGCCGAACAGAAUCCGCAAAAUCAACGCCUUUACACAAGAACAAGGGCAGCGACACUCUCUCCGGGAGUCCGUUAGAGAUCACGGAGUUAUGACUAGCCGAGGCCUCACUGGUCUGAGAACAGCGUGCACACCUCUCCUGGCUCUGCGUUCUUCACCGCGAGCACGUCCCUGCGGUGCGGAGGUCGAGUUUGGAAGGGCCAGGCGGAGGGCGGUGUGCAGGUGUGUGUGGAUUAGAAUUACCCAAAUCGAGGGGUCCAAAGACCUCGGAGGAUUUUGUCAGAGCUGUUUUAAGAGACUCUCAACCACACCCUGCGAAACAGAAGGAAUGAAUGCGCUCUCAGACCAGUGGAAGGCCGAACAUGGACUCUAGUUUUUAUUUAGUUCGUUUUUAAUAUUUGAAGGGGCACCGGGGAGUUUAGGAGGAAGUUUGAUGAACAGUUUGAACUGUUUUAAGAGUUUAUCUCUAGGGCUUUUCACACUGUGAUUAACCCUGGGUUAACAUCUUUUUUAACCCUGGGUCAAACAGCACUACUUUUAAUACUGUGCCAAGGUUUCAAGGUGUUAAACUUUGACAUGCGUUUAACUCAUUCGUCGACUUCAAUAUGAGAACUAAACAAUAGUUGACUCCACAAACAUUUAUGCACUUUGAAUCGCUGUUUGUUUUAGUUUUAUGUAAGAUUUAUUUUACCACAUAAAGCAAUCUGUUACUUUUGCCUCUCUAUCGCCAUCUCUGUUUAAACAUAAAAUUGCAGGUUACUUUACAUAUCUAUGUAGUUUGAAGUCGAAAUGACAUUUAAUGCAAAAUCAUCCCAGACAACACAAUUUUUUCUUAAUGUACUUUCUCGAAAACUGUUAUUUUAUAUUUUUAAACCAAGCAAGUUUUGGAUUGCAGCAUUAAAGUGUAUUUCUGGAGAGAAAAGUGUGAUGCACAAAAUGCACAAAUACACAAUAUUACAAAACAGAGUAAACUUUGGUUAAAUGGUGAAUAGUAAGAUACAAAGUAACCCACAACUAUGUUAAACCAGGGUUAAAAUGAUUCUUAAUUUAAGUGUGAAAAGCUCAUAUCACAUGAAGACACCAGAGAAAAACAGAUUGUACAGCAGGCUGCUCUAUACUGGAGUCCUUCACAGAAGCAGAAGUUUUUGGAGAAAAAGAAUAAUUUUCAAAGAAAAUAUGAACGUUCGAUAGAACUCAUCCCCAAAACUGUCUGAACAGAGACUACUUUCAAGACAGAAAAUAAUGUUUUGACAAAGUUAUUUCAUGGACCAAUGAGGAAAUGACCAAACACUGUUUCCACUGAACAUACAGAGGCCAGAGGUUUGUGUCUGAUGGACCGCAACCAAAACGCUCAUUUCAUUUUUACUUGAACCGCGAGACCUUGUGUCAUAUGUUUUUAUAAACGGCAGUGAAACUAAACAAGGGCAUUAUAGCUUCAAAUCAUCAUUCGUCUGGACUCAAUUUGAACUUUAAAAAUGGAAAAGAAGAAAGUCAACCUGUCAAAAAUAAAAAGUCAAGUUAAUACGGUUCUGCCCAGCCAUUGACAGAACACUGCCAGCCGAGGGGAAAAAUACCAUGUCUUUAUUUUUCUUUACGUUCUUUGAUAUACAUUUAAAAAAAAAAGAUAGUUUUAAAAAAAAUUGCAGACCUACCAAACCCAGUCCAGUGUAAAUGGUUAUAUAAGUGUAUUUAUUUUUAAACUUAUUUUAUACCAGAUGAUUUUAUUUGUCGAGUACGUUGUCAGUAUGGUAUUGUUUUUUAUAUUUCCCUUUUUGUAAGGUUUUAUUUUGUAGUCAUCUUUGUCUGGUCACCAGAGUUGAGGCUGUCUAUGGAAUUUUUUGUGGAUCAUGUUGAAAUAAAAGAAAUUAUAAAAUG